CGACAAGUCUUUGCUCAUUUCAUGAUUGGCAACACGUUCGGCCAAGGUUUGAGUUGGUUCCAGCAGGAGAUUCAGAUUGCCCAAAGCAUGGGUAUUGACGGUUUCAUUCUCAAUGUAGGCUUUGAAGACUGGCAGCCAGCUCGAGUGGCCACCAUGUACCAAGCAGCGUCAAAUCUCGGAUUCAAGGUUUUCAUCUCGCUCGACAUGGCCGUCAUCUACUCAUUUACGCCCGAGCAACUUGCGAAUACAUUCAUUGUGCCAUUUGCCAACUCGCCCGCGCAGUACAAGAUGGGUGGCCGCUCCUACCUCACGACCUUCACCGGAGAGAAUUACUCAAGUGGCCAACAAACAGAGCCUGCACGCCUCUGGCUGUACUUCAAGAACUACCUGCUGUCCAAAAAUAUUGGCAUUUUCUUUGUUCCUGUAUUCACCGGGCGUGGCGCCACUGUUCAAGGUUGGGAUGCUCUAGAUGGUGCCUCAACCUGGGAGAUGUGGACCAAGACAACCGAUGCACUCAAUUACUACAUGUACCUACGAGACAAUGCAUCCCCUUCCACCAGUGUCAGGUACGGCACGCUUGGCAAUGACCCAUACUCGUACUACUCUGGCAAAGUGCACAUGGCUGGCGUUUCUCCUCUCUUCUUCACACACUACGGCAGCAAAAACUUCAUCUACCGAGACGACUUCCUUUAUAAUGCCAGGUGGCAGAACAUCAUCACAGCCAUGCCCGAUAUGGUUCAGAUUGUCUCUUGGAACGACUAUGGCGAGUCACACUACAUUGGUUCAUUGGAUCCAACAGUUGGCGACUACUACCAAGAAGGUUCUUCCUCGGCCAGGGACUGGACCUUGACGCCCAACAUGAAUCACCAAGCCCUUGGGCCCAUCACUCAGUACUUUAUUCAGACGUACAAGAACGGAUCGCCACCUGCUCAGUUCAUCAAUCGGAUCUUCUUCUCAUAUAGGCCGCACUCGAUGAACGCAGUGGCAUCUGGUGACUCACUGCCAAAGCCAGCUUGUGGACAACCGGGUAAUACGCCAGCCGAGGGCUGUGCCCUAGCAGACAACAUAUACAUCACCGUACUCGCCACCUCAACCGAUGUGCCAUUCUCGUUUUCUCUCACCUCCGGCAGCAAGGUGCAGACUUUCACCGUCAACACAGCAGGCCUGUCGCAGUUGGCUUUUACCAACUUCCAGGAAGGAACACCAUUCAUCACCUUGCCUAAUGGACAGAUUCUCAAUGGACCGGGACCUAUUAGCAACACCAUCACCAAGUACAACUACAACCAUUAC